AGUAGGCAAGGAGGUGUGUUUUGUCAUGGCGCGGAUCAAUAUGUGAUAGUGUUUGUGUUAAUUUUGUAAAUACUUUUUUCGUUGUUGUUGAUGGUUGUUGGACGUGUUUUUUAACUUCUAAAUUAACGAGAAGCAAUGAAAUGGCUCAGUCAUUUCAUUUGCUUUUUUCUGAUAACUGCUGGUGUUCAUGGUUUAGGUAACCCAUAUCAAAUUUUAGGAAUACAUAGGAGAGCAACACUACAAGAAAUAAGGAAGGCAUACAAGCAGUUAGCGAAAGAAUGGCAUCCUGAUAAAAAUAGUGAUCCCGCCGCCGAAAAUAAAUUCGUGGAAAUAAACCAGGCAUAUGAGCUUUUAACUGAUCCUGAACGAAGAAAGAAGUAUGACAAUUUUGGGAUAACGGAAGAAACUCCACCUCUACGUCCAAAACGUGAUUAUAGUCAGUAUCGAAGAGAUCCAUUUGAUGAUCUCUUUGGCACUCAUGGAGGUAGUUUUAAAUUUCAAUUUCAGGAUCGUGACAUCACUACGUUUCAUCAGCUUAGUGUCACAACUCGGGCUUUUGAGAACAAAAUUGUACCAAAGAGUUUCAGAAUUCCAUAUCUUGUAAUGUUCUACUCGGAUUGGUGCUUUGCUUGUCUGCAAGUGGAGCCAGUAUGGAGAAGAUUAAUAGAAGAAUUGGAGCCAUUAGGAUUUGGCAUUGUUACAGUUCAUUCAGAAAAUGAGCCAAUGCUGACAAAAAAAAUUGGCAUCCAUACACUGCCUACUCUUGUUGUACUGUUGGAUGGGAAAGCUAGUAUUUAUAGAGACUCACUUUUUAGUGUUCAAAAAAUUGUUGAAUUUGUGAGAAGUAGAUUUCCAUAUCGAUUAGUUCAGCCAGUUGAAGAUGAAACAGUCUCCUUAUUUCUGAGUGGUUGGAAAGACAACAGAGUUAGAGCACUUAUAUUUGAGCGCCAUGAUUCAGUGAGGUUACGGUACCUAUUAAUGGCAUUUUUCUACAGGGAACGUGUUGCAUUUGGGUUUGUGCAGCUGAAUUCUCCUGCCACUGGAUCUGUUCAAAAGAAGUACAAAGUUCCUAGUGAUAUUGAUACUCUAUUGCUUUUCAAUGAAAAUAUUGAUCGUCCAGUUGCAAGUCUGAGCAUGUCAGACAUGCCAAUAAAAACAAUGCAGGAUAUUAUUAAUAGUAACAAAUAUCUAAUGCUUCCCAGAUUGUCUUCACAGGGGAUGUUUGAUGCAUUAUGUCCUCCCGAGUGGUCACGACCAAGAAAGAGACUGUGUGUAGUGCUAGUAUCUCAAGAUACACCAUACCAUGAUGAUGCAAGACAAGCACUAAGGGAUUUUGCCCAGGAAUCGUCAUACAAUGUGGAAAGAGUUCGUUUUGUGUAUAUUUUCCAGGAGAAACAAAUGGAGUUUAUAAAUGCACUAACAAGCGGUGAAGGCGGUCCACUGGAGCCUUCCUUACAUAUUGUUAUCAUAUGGCGGAGAGAUGCAAAUCAUAUUAAAUAUGAAUGGUUACCACAUACUUGGGAUUCUGCCAAGAUUAAGGAAUGGAAUGAAACAAGGGAUCAGCUGGAAUCCACUAUACAGCGAUUACUUCAUUCAACAGAAGCAUUAACAUAUGAGGCUGUUAUCAAGGAGUUAAUGGAUGAGCAUGCACAAGGGAUCAUGAUGCGCAUACUGGCCAAGGUUUUUUCUGCCGUGGACUACCUCAAAGACAAUAUAACCAAGGAACAGUUACUGCCACUUCUGUCUGUUUUAGGAACAGUUGUCUUCAUUGUGAUUGGAGGGUACAUAAUGACAUAUCUUGUCCGACUUGAGGAAGAAAGCAUCCGAAAAAAACAGUGUACAAAUGGUGCAGCUCCAAAACCAGAGACUGGAAAUUAUGAAGCUACAACAAUGAAGAAGACUGGAAAGCCAACAGCACCGGAGUUACGAUUACACGAACUUCGAGCUGAAACAUACAAUGGGAUGGUUCGCCUUUUGAAACCUGGUUGUCGUACAAUUGUACUUCUAGUUGAUACACAGUCUCGUAACCAACUUAUAGCUGCAUUUCACAAAACAGUCUGGCCCUAUCGCAAAAAUAAGACAUUAAUGUUUGGCUACUUGAUGCUGGAUCGUGCUUUAGAGUGGUACAAGUGUUUACUAACACUGAGCUUACCGGAACCAAGAGAUCUUAACAUUAAUCCGAGGAAUUGCAUUGGGACCGUCCUGUCGCUAAAUGGCCAUCGGAAAUACUUUUGCAUGUAUCAUGCUAAGCACCCUGAAUGCGGUAGAGGAAAAGGUUCAAAGCGUAUGGUAAAAAUGACAAAACGCAUCAGCAAUACACCUAAUGCAACAAAUGGAGCAUUUAUGGGUUUUGAUACUAGUGAAUCAGAUGACACAGAAACCUCUGACAUUGAGCAAGGGUACCAGCAAGAUGAUGGUCUACUAUCUGACAAAUACAGCAAUGUUGUAUUCCAAGGUAACCUUCUUGAUGGUUUACCCAAUUGGCUUGAUAGGCUGUUCGAAGGAACAACACAACGAUACUAUAUAAAUUAUUGGCCAGAUUUUCCACUGAAGUAGGCAGUUGGCCAAUGAUCUGUAUAACAAGAGGUGCUGUACUAAGAAGUAUAACUUGUCUGCUUUUGUAAAAUAAUAUAAAAAUUUAAAACAUUUUAAAAUAUCAUGUACAUAACUUUUCAUAAAUUCCUUAGAAGCCCAUUUCUCUUAAAGUUUUUGCAAGUUCCAUGUUCCGAAGAAGUUCUGUACCCUAAUUGGAAAUCUUUCUCCCAAAUGCUGUGAUUUGAUUAAGGAGUGUUGUUGUUUUCUAGAAGAGGAAUGUACUUUGUUAAUCUGGCUGUUACUAAAAAAACUAUAGUGUAUUAUUUAUGAUGUGGCAUUUUGAGGGUCCCAUGACUGACAGAAAUAAGAAUGUUGUUUUUUUAGCAUUUAUGCAGCUGUUGUUGUGGUAUGAGCAAAUUUGAUUGUAUUAUUGGAGAAGAUUCUGAAUACUGUUACAGU